AUGGCCUCGUAUUACCCCUACAAACCCCUCAACCUCCCGCACGAAACCCGCAUCCUCACGGUGCACCCCGGAAAGUUCGCCGACGAGGUCCGGUGCAGCAUCGCGCACCUCUCCCUCGCCUCGCCGCAGGAACCGUACGAGGCCCUCAGCUACUGCUGGAACAAGGGCGUCGACCGUGAUCCGGGCAUCGACCCGGACACCGAGAUCCCCUGGGCCGUCCACGGCAGAGACGAGGCCGGCAACACCGUCGCCGCGUCCGGCCGGUCCAGGUGGAGGGACCUCGUCGACCACCCGUACCAGGGCGAGAACUACAUCCGCAUGGGGGGCCGGAUGCCGGACGCGCCCGUCCUCUGCGACGGCGAGCUGUUCCGCGCGCUGCGGCGCCUGCGGAGGGAAGACGCCGCGCUGCGCAUCUGGGUCGACGCGCUGUGCAUAAACCAGAGGGACGUGGCGGAGCGGAACGAGCACGUCAGGAUCAUGGGGCGCGUGUACGCGGGCGCGGAGCGGACGCGGGUGUGGUUGGGCGAGUCGACGCAGAUGGACGUCCACGCCGUGCAGACCAUGUUUGCGAUAUCCGACGUCUUUGACGACUUGUUCGUCGGGCGCAACAUCGUUGGGGACGAUUCGACGAUGCAGGAGGUCCAGUGGCAUUUCCACAACACCGCCGACACGUCCAGCUUGGACUGGGGUCUGCUGGCGAACUUGCUCGACCGGGCCUGGUUCAAACGGACCUGGAUCAUCCAAGAGGUCGUCAACUCCCGCGACAUCUCGGUCCACCUCGGCUCGAUGGAGUUCCCGUGGGACCUGAUGGCCCAGAUCAUCACGACGCUUUCCGCGUUCAAGCUCCAGGCGCUCAUCAGCGAGUGCAAGGCUUUCAAGGCCAUCGCGUACAUGGAGCACCUGCGCACGGCGCGCGCUGACGGAUCUGGUUCUCCUGCGACGACGGACCUCCUCACCAUGCUCGAGGAGCUGCGAGAUUUCAAAGCCACGAUCCCCAGCGACAAGAUCUACGGCAUCCUCGGGCUCGCCCAGCAUGACGAUGACUUUGUCGUGGACUAUGCCCAGUCUCCCGAGGAGGUCUUCACGGGGUUCGCCGUAAAACAGCUCGAGUCUGGUGCCCUGCACAUUCUUACUCACUGCGUGGACUCGUCGAAACCGACGACGUUGGCGCUGCCGUCGUGGGUCCCGGACUGGAGCCGCCCUGGCUGGACGGAGCCGUUCAGGAUCCGUGGGCUGAAGGCGUCGGCAUCCGGCGAGGCCAAGCCCAGCAUCAUCAUUAAUGAGAGCACAGGAGUCUUGCGAAUCAAAGGACGAAUACUCGACGCGGUAGCGGAGGUCGAGACAGCAAGACAUAUCCCGAACCCGAACCAGCGAGGUCCCUUGGAUGGCAGCAUCAAAGACGUGGAUUUCCCCGAGAUGGCGCGUUACGGAGGACCGACGAUGGACGGAGAGCAAUUCCAAGGUGAUGACGGCGAUGACGGCGAUGGCGACUCCAAGACAAAGAAACCCGUCAACGAUGCCGAGUACAGGCUCAGAAAGACCAUGGAGAGGAUGGGCGAGCACGCCGAGAAGUGGUACCGCAGCCUCAUCGACGUCGCGUUCCCCGACAAGAGGGCCACGCCGCGGCUGUGGGAGAACCUCUGGCGGACGCUGAUGUGCGACCGCACGCGCGACAACGACCGCCCCGGCGACGAGUGCGCGGCCGGGAUGGAUGUCUACUACUCGAGCGUCCUCGAGCCCCGGAAGGGCAUCGCGCGGAUCCUGCAGGACCGGACGGAUCACCGGGUCGCGUCCCACGGGCUCGCGCCACGGGACGGGGAGGCGUAUUACAUGAGGGAGAAGGUCGCCGCCGAGACGUUCAUCGGGGCGCACACGAAGUGGACGUAUAACCGCCGGUUCUUCCGGUCCGCAGAUGGGCGCUUCGGCUGGGCCGUCGACGGGACCGGGCCUGGAGACCGCGUGGUGGUAUUGUACGGGUGCGAUUAUCCCUUCAUCCUCAGAGACACUGGCCGGGGUUCGUUUAGGAUCAUUGGUGAUUGUUACAUUCAUGGGCUCAUGGACGGCGAGGGUAUGGAGAACAAGGCCUCAUUUACGGAGAUGGAGUUUGAUAUUGUGUAA